AUGGACGACUUCAUAAUCAAUAUAUCUGGCACCAAUUCAACAAGUGUUUCUGAUAAGAAGAACUCAAUGAAUAAAUCUAAAUGUGAUCUUGGUGAGAAAACGCCAACCGUGAUCCGUUCGAUCAAUACUCCGCGGCCUGUCAAAAUGGAGAAAGCAUCACUUUCAGUGAAAAGUAGAAAUAAACUUCACGACCAGGGCGCACAAGAGAAAUCUCAAACGAGCAACUCCUUGCAGUUUGGUAUUGACAAUAAAAGUCUCUCAGCAAAAGGCACAGUGCUAGAUGAAAUGAUGAAUCAUCCAGUUAAACCCAAAAUUGAACCUGUUUUCUCUUCAAAAUACUGGAAAAAUGUAUGUGAGUCAUUGAAUAUCUUCCCACAUUUGACCUCUUGCCUGCUUGACCGGUUCAAACUUGACCACUUAACUGCUAUUCAGGAAGCUACACUUCCUCCUCUAGUCGACGGAAAAGAUGUGUUGGUACGUGCUCAAACAGGUUCAGGAAAGACAUUAGCAUAUGCUGUUCCGUUGUUCAAUCGAUUAAUCAGCCUUGAUCCUCCCGUUGAACGUAGGAUGGACCUCUUGGACUAA